AUGCUGAAUUUCCUGAUGCUUGCUCUGCCAAUGCAGGCAGUGGCCUUGGGGCCUCCACUGCCCGGCAGCCAGCAUGUGGGGCAGGCCAUUGACAUCCUGACAGCAACACGAUACGGGUUCAGCCGCAGUGCGGGGAACAUCUUCAAGCUGGUCUUCAACUGCUCCACCAAUGCGUUCGCCCCCGAUGAGUACUCAUAUCCAUGGGGUGUGCAGCAGCCAGCCCCGCUUCCUGAAUGCCAACGGAUGGUGAGCACACUUUCAGUCGAAACCUCAGAGCAGUACCAGCAUGAAAGCACAGAAGAUAUUGCCAUUGGCGGCAAGUUCAAGUCAUUCGCCGGAAAGUAUGCGGCGUCCAGCAAGGAAGUGCGUAGCCACCUGUCCAAUCGCAAGCAAACAGUGUCUCAGUCACGGACACGGUGCGUAAAGUACGAGCUGACCAUCCUCCCGGGGUAUGCAGCGACCCCUUCUUCCUGA